AGGAUAUCGAGCAGAGUGCAACGAGAUGAGGACCGUUUCCCUGCUUCUGUUGGUUGCAUUGACAGGCCUGGCAGAGUCUCGCCUUUUCAACCACCUCGGGCCUGCCAAGCGGGAGCUUUUGGUGCGUUCCAAAAGAAGAUGGGUUUUGUCUACAAUCGAAAUAGACGAAGAAGACCCCGGGCCGUUCCCCAAGGAAAUUUCAAAGAUGUAUAACGACAAGAAGAGUCCUGAAGGCCAUUUGUACCGUAUAAGUGGGAUGGGUGUGGAUGAGGUGCCAAAAGGAGUGUUCUCCAUCGACGAGUACACCGGAGUCGUCACAGCCCACAAAUCCGUGGACAGAGAGGCACACGACCUCUUCGAAAUCCACUUUGACAUCUUGAACGCAGAGACGGGCAAAGCAAUAGACAGGCAACUAUCUUUCAAUGUAGAAGUAAAGGACAUCAAUGACAACGCACCGUUUUUCGAUGGCGGAUUGCAAGCCAAUGUGCCAGAAAAUACGGUGGAGGGAACCCCGCUGAUACAUCUGAACAUGAUGGACAGAGAUGAGAGGAACUCGAAAAACUCUGAAGUCACCGUCAGUAUGCUGUCACAGAACCCACUGGAGCCCAAGAUUGAGCUGAAUCAGAUUACUAACAGAAUAGCCCAGCUCAACUUCAAAGGAUGUUUCGACUACGAUAAAGAACAUAAGUAUGAAAUCGUUCUUCAAGUCAAAGAUCAUGGAACGCCGGCCCUCUCCUCCACCGCCGUCGCUACCAUCCACAUUCUUGACAAAAACAGCCACAUGCCAACGUUCAGGCAGAAGAAGUACCAAGGCGAGGUGUUAGAAUCAGUCACCAAGGAGGAUAUUUUGAGAAUCGCGGUCGACGACAAAGACAGUCCCAAAACCCCCGGCUGGCGCGCCAAAUACUUCUUCAUAAAAGGGAACGAGGGAAGAAACUACCAACUUGAAACCGACCCCGAGACCAAUGAGGGUAUUCUGAGCGUCAUCAAGGGCAAGGACUUCGAGAAGAUGAAGUCCCACCACCUCCUGGUCGGAGUGGAGAACGAGGAGCCCUUGUUUGUUUGUAAAAAUGGAUCCUUGGGCGCUCCUCCGUCUCCAGAUGUCGCCGACAUCACAAUACAAGUGAUUGAUGUCAAUGACCCGCCUUCCUAUGAGAAAAUGACGUAUGACGUGUACCGGAUAGAGGAGGAAGACCCGGGACAGGUGCUGUUGACGCCGAAGGUUAUCGACGACGACUCCGAGGUAUCCAAAGUCAGGCAUGAGCUGGUAGAAGAUCCAGCUGGCUGGGUGUCCAUAGAUGAGAAAACCGGAACAAUCACAACAACGAAGAAGAUGGACAGAGAUUCAUCAUUUGUGCAUGAUAGCGUGUACAAAAUCGUCAUCAGAGCCAUAGACAACGGUAAGCCUCCAGCCCAAUGUACAGCCACUGUCCUGGUCCACCUGAGGGAUAUCAACGACAACCUUCCGAGACUGGUCAACAGCAGCUUGGUUCUGUGCGGAAACAAGGCUAGCGAGGUCAUGGUGCAGGCCUCGGACGCAGACGCCAAUCCAUUCAGUGGGCCCUUCACUUUCGGGCUGGGAAGUGAUGAAAAGGAUCUGGCGGAGCGAUGGAAGCUAGACCCUUCCUAUGGUGAUGAAGGCGGGCUCGUUAGCCGGACGCAGCUUCCUUUCGGUAACUACUUGGUGCCGCUGCGCAUUCAGGACCAACAGAGCUUGGUCGGAGACCACACCGUGCAAGUGGUGGUGUGUGACUGCGGCGAGGGAGACGUUUGCCUUCCCAAAACGCCGCCCUCAACCAGCUUGGGGCCGGCGGGCAUCGGACUGAUCUUUUUGGGCCUCCUCUUAUUUCUGCUGCUGCUCCUCGUCUGUAAGUGUCAGUGCAGAGGGAAGGACUUCAAGCACAUGCCCAUGGUGCAGGAUGAGGGCAACCAGACCCUGAUCCGGUACAACCAAGAAGGAGGGGGGUCCCCGUGCAUGAAUGAGCCCACUCUGCUCCAGACGCCUACAAAAAGCAUGGCUGUGACGGAAGGCCUGAAAAUGGGCAACAUGCAGUCCCAGGUGACGACCCAGGACAUGGAUGCGUACGCCAGCGCAAGGCACGGCAUGAUGACCUCUAACAUGACCUUGCAGGGCUCGCAGCGCCGAAGGGACACAGUCAGAAGCCAAGGAGGGCAGAGCAUGAACUGGAAUUUAAACAGGAUGAACUCCUUUCAGGCAGGCUCCUCAAGAGACAACCACUCCGUGAGCAUGCUGUCGGAUCAACACAUUUCAGACCACAUCGUCAGGAGAAUGGACGAGAUUAAUGGAAACCAGGACUCCCGGCCGGUGUACCAGCCCCACGAGUACGCCUACGAGGGUCAGGGCAGCAAAUGCCAGUCGUUGGAUCAGCUGUCACUAAGCAACACAGGGGAUGAUUUGAUGUUCCUGAAUGAUUUGGGGCCAAAGUUCAAGACCUUGGCGGGCGUCUGUAACCAGACAAUUCCAAAGAGAAACACGGAGCAUUAAUAAAAGGCCGCUGCUGGGACGGAGAGUUUUUUUUUUACAUGAAGAAAGUUUCUCCUCACAAAAUCUGGGAUUAUGGACCGAUCUGACUGGAUCUUUGUACCACACGGCUUGGAUGUUUUUGCAUUUCAGACUUAAACAUCUCACAUAUUUUGAGUCAAAUAUCAGCAUCCAUGCGUGAAAACGAGGAUUAUGUGGUAUUUUGUCCGCUUAGAGAUGUAAUUAUUGCACUGAACAAACUGUCAUGCUUUGGUGCUUUUGAAAUGUUCGGGUUUCGACAGUAACUGGGUGUGUUUGAAUGUUUACUUUGAUUGUCGGCAUGUGACAGCGCUGUAGGUUGACUCGGGGCAGUAUUUUUCAAAUACUAGUAUUUUAAUCUGUAGAAACUGGAAUAUUACAUUGUGUAUAAGAGGUUACCCUAAAAAAAAGAGAACCCUUCUGUUGGUACGGACCAGUAAUAAGUUCUGUGAAUCAGUAAUUGGGAUACUGGUCCUAAACGGAGGUACCGUGUCUGUGGCCUGCUGGUAAUGAUCUGAUACAGUGGGGUGGAUUUAUAAUGUUUGUCUUCACACAAUACAUCGUUCAAUACUUGCUUUGUUUUUCUCUGGGAGCAUUUUUCUUUUGUUUUGCAUUCUUUGAAAUGCAGUAUUUGUAAAGACAUUUAUUAUUUGCCAACACUAAAGGAUGUGCUGGUAUCAACCUUUUUUAAUACUUUUUACUUUAUACAAAAACUCUAA